AUGCGUGUCAAGAAAGUUGAGUCUGAAAACAAGUCUUUGCUGAAGAAAAUAGAAGCAGAUCAAACUGAAAUUGAUAUUUUGAAGGUCAGAGUAGUAGAGUUGGAGGAAGAAAAGGCACGUAGAGACGAACAGAACAAGUACUUUGAAUUGAAAAACAAAGAACUUGAAGCUGCAAAAGCGGUGAAAGAACAUGAGUUGUACAUGAUGAACAAAGUGAUUGAGAAUAGUCUUGGUAAAUCUAUAGAACAGAGGUUUGAGGAGAUAGAGGUUGAAGAGUUAAGGGCAAAAUGCCAAGCUGAAAUUGAUGCCGAAAUGAAGUAUAAAGGAAAAGGUGUUGAAGGCUCUGAAGUUGCAGAAAGAUCAAUAGUUCUAGCUACUGAUCCUGAGUCUCCUAUUCAGAAUCCUGUUCCUAUAUCUGUUGUGUCAGAUAUCUUUGAUAAAGAUGUGUUACUUGAAGAUAUUGCUAAUGAUGAAGUAGAUGACGAUGAGGAUGAUGAGGAAGAGGAUGAUGACGAAGAGGAUGACGAUGAAGGGGAUGAUGAUGAAGGGGAUGAUGAUGAAGAGGAUGAUGAUGAGGAAAAAGUAUUCUCUGCUAGUAGUCAUAGUGAUGAUGAUAGUAAUGAUGAUGAUGACAAUCAGGGUGGUACGGGUGUUACUGUUACUAAAACAUCAAAAGAGCAAAAUGUUGAUGAUUUAAUGCAUGAUGAUGCAAAUGAAGAUCAUGAUGAUGAUGCUGAAAGUGAGGGGGAGAAUGUGGAUGACAAGAAUGUCGAUGAAGUUGAGAAGUUAAUUCUUCGUAUUGAGCCUGAUGUAGAAGAAGGAGAAAUCAGGCAUACGUAUACUUUGGAUGAAGUUCUCAAGAUGUUUAAUGUUAAUGAAGAUGAGUUCAAGUUCAAUUUUGAAGAUGAGCUGAAUGCUUUCGACAUCAACCAACAACCCGAGUAUGAAUACAGGUGUGUUGAAGAGGCAGAUGUCUAUGACAGGGUUGAGGUUGAAGAUUGUACAGAUGAAGAGAAUGUGAAUGAAGAUACUUCAGAGUUUCCAACUCUGGUUGAAUUCUUUAGUGAAGAAAAUAGAGAUGAACUGAGAAGGAAAGUUGCUGAAAUCUUGAAAGAUAAGAACUUUGACGGAACGACAAAAGACCCACAAAAAGAAGAAAGAAAGAAGUGGUUCCAUAAAGAUACUGUAAGGAAGUUCAAGCGUCCGUUGAAGUUUUACAAAAGAGAUAGAGAUGUUUCGCUGGGUGAUAUCAUUAGCUGGGGUUUUCUAUCUCAUGUUAAUGCAUAUGCAAUUCGAAGAGAAUACGGUGUGCAGUAUUUUGAACGAUUGUAUGAUAUUAUGUCCCUACCUUGGUGGGAUGUAGAAGAGUUGUCGAAGGUCAGAACUCUGGGUUAUAAAAUCAGAAAGAACGAUGUGCCUAUGUGGGGAUUGAUGAAGUAUGGAUCAUUGAAAAACUUCAAGCACCGGAAGCCACCUUACCCAAAGAAGGUGAGAAGAGUAAAUCCUGAAACUGGUAAUGAAGAGACGAUAUUGCAUGUGAAAAAGCCAAGAGUGAUCAAAAACAUCCCUAUGCCAAAAAUGGAACAAGAUUUCUAUAAUGGUUUUGUAUGUUGGGUGUACAGCUGUAUUUCGACUGAAGCUGUGAUCACGUACAGGGCAAAAAAUGAAAUUAGAGAAAUCUUUGUGUAUGAUCCGAUGUGGCUGAUGAAUUGUUCUGCAAAAUACAUCGAAUGUUUGUUUGUGAACAAGAUAUGGUUUAAAGCUGAAGAUAGAGAACAAGCUAUGCAGUUUCAGAGAGUUGUGUCUGUUUGUUUUCAAAAGGGUAUCAAUGCUGACAACAAAUGGAACUCAAAGUGGCGAAAGAUUGAAGAGAAAGAGAAGUUAAAGAGAGAGAAAGAACGGAAGGCACAAGAAGAUAAAGACAAUAUGCUGAGACAUACCCUAAACCAGAGAAUGGCAGCUAAAGAAAAGCAAGCAGUGGAAGCGAAUGAGAAGCUUAGGAAGAUGUUGGCACGAAAGCCUAAGCAGAGAGAAGAAACUUUCAAGUCACUGUGA